AUGUCAGAAGGUACAGAACAACCGCAAUUAGUUCCGGAGACUAAUACGCCGGUCCAGACGCCUUCAUCGGACAAUUUCUUCCAAGGAGACAAAGGAUCAGGCCAGCUAGAGCAACAGAAAAAAGAUGUAGAACCGGAGAAGCCAUUAUCGCCACCAAAUCCUUCUCCUAGUCCAGAAAAACACAGGAUGGACGAAGAGCUAGAACAUGAGCCUGCUGAGAAGAGGGCCAAGUUGGAUGAGAACGGGCACGAAGGUGACCAGGGUGAUGAGGGCGAGCAAGCUGAGCAUGGUGAGCAAUCCGCACAUCCUGAACAACAGCAGCAUAAGGGACUUCCUACUUUUACAGAGCCUGCUCCUAAGCCGGCACCAGAACCUGAUAUGAAUAAUUUGCCGGCCAAUCCUAUGCCUAAGCAUCAGGCUAAGUUUGCUAACAACGUUAUCAAGGCUGUUAAGCGUUUAAGAGACGCUGCUCCGUUUGUGCAUCCAGUCGACAUUGUCAAAUUAAACAUCCCCUUCUAUUAUAACUACAUUCCAAGACCUAUGGAUUUGUCAACCAUAGAAAGAAAGAUCAAUGCUAACGCAUAUGACGAACCAAGCCGCAUUGUUGAAGACUUUAAUUUGAUGGUAGCUAACUGUUGCAAGUUCAACGGUGAGCAAAGCGGCAUUUCCAAGAUGGCAAAGAAUAUUCAAGCGCACUUUGAAAAGCAUAUGUUGAACAUGCCUCCUAAGGUGUUGCCAAACAAUGGUGCUACUGUUCCAGCAAACUCAAGAAGAAGAGCAGUUGUGGCAGAUUCGGGUGACAAGAAAAAUUCGGUAGCAGCUCACAGACCGAAAAGAACUAUUCACCCUCCAAAGUCUAAGGAAUUACCUUACGACGUCAGACCAAGAAAGAAGAAAUACGCUGCAGAAUUAAGAUUCUGCAACCAAACCAUCAAAGAAUUGGUAUCUAAGAAACAUUAUAAUUACAACUUUCCAUUUUUAGCACCUGUUGAUACGGUGGCUUUAAAUAUUCCAAAUUACUCGGAUGUUGUGAAAGAACCAAUGGACUUAGGCACAAUUCAAACCAAAUUGGCAAAUAAUCAGUAUGAAAAUGGUGAUGAAUUCGAAAGAGAUGUUCGUCUAGUCUUCAAGAACUGUUAUGCUUUCAAUCCCGAAGGUACUGAUGUCAACAUGAUGGGACACAGAUUGGAAUCUGUUUUUGACAAAAAAUGGGUUAACCGUCCUGUCCCUCAACCAACUCCUGCUAACUCUGACUUAGAUGAUUCUUCUGAUGAGGAUGACGAUGAACCUGAAAUUAAUGAAUCUAUGCUUUCAAGCGUUCCCGCCAUUCAAUUUUUAGAAAAUCAAUUAAUCAGAAUGAAGCAAGAAUUGGAUGAAUUGAAAAAGCAGCAUCUCGACAAAUUAAGAGAACAAAGAGACGCCAAGAGGAAACGUAAGAGAUCGAAGAAGUCGAAAUCUCGUAAAAACUCAUCUGUGGAACAUCCUAACCAACCUAUAGUUACUUACGAAAUGAAAAAACAAGUAAGUGAAAUGGUUCCAAAUUUGACUGAUAAGAAAUUACAAUCUUUGGUUAAAAUCAUUAAGGAUGAUGUCGAUUUGAGUAAUGAAGAAGAAGUUGAAUUAGAUAUGGAUCAAUUAGAAGAUAGAACUGUAUUGAAAUUAUACAACUUUUUGUUCGGCAAGAAGGCUUCAUCGUCCUUAAUGAAUAAGAAAAAGAAGAAAUUAUCGUCUGGUGCAGGUUUAGACCAGUUAGAACAAUUGAGAAGUCAAUUACAAUUGUUCGAAGAUGCUGAUAAACCUUCUUCUAAUAAUGGAAUCAUGAACAUUGGUAAUGAUCAAGAAUCAUCAGAUGAUGAUGUAAGUUCUGAAAGUUCUGAAGAAGAAUAA